UAAACCUUUCCCCCUUUAACUUUGGGUGUUGGAGAUUUUGCCUCAGCAAUGAGAAAAGUAACUAAGAUGCUCUAGAAGGGUUAGAACAACUGAGCCAAGCAUUUAGCUCAAGGAGCCAGAAAAAGAACAAAUGCAACAGGAAGACCAAGAAAGAGGGGUGACGAAGAGGAGGAAGAAGUGGUGGCUGAGGAGAAGCCUACCAGAUCCCAGGAUUGCCUCUCCUGGUAGACAGCGCUCUGCAGGGCAUCAGGGACUUGUGGAGAGACGAACGAUGCCAAGACACACAUGGAAUUUAAAAAGAGCAAUAACAGUGGGCACAGCAGCAGUGUACCUUAACAGAAGACCACUCAGCGUAAAGUACCCACUGACAGUUUUGGAACCAGCCAAAGUUAGCACUGACAAAAAUAGAAAACUUGACUGAUAGUUGUCCAGAAAUCUCCAGAUUGGAACCACUCUUUAAGAAAUGUUCUGCUAGCGUGGUGGUAAUGGUCACCUAUAAUCCCAACUACUCAGGAGGCUGAGGCAGGAGGAUCUACACACGGAAGGAAGCUUUGCAGUGGGUGGGCUAGAGGCCUGCAGAGUCAAGAGAGGCCACAGGUGGAUGGAAGAAAGGUGACUCUCACUAUGGGGUGUCAGCCUGGAGGCAGAUUGGAGGAUGCUGGGGCUCAAGCCCCCAGGAAGGAACCUGUCCCUGGAGAGACCCCCACCUGCAGCAAAGGUCUCAGAUGCCUCUCCACUGCCACCUACCUCCUGGUACCGAAGGUGGCCCACGAUGGGCGGCAGGCUAUGGGUACGGGAAGCUGCUGCUUCUGUGGUGUGGCUGGGAGAUCUUCUGGGCCUCAGGCCAGGGUGAACUCUGAGGUCCCAAAGCAGAUUUGCGGAAACCUCUGCCUAUGUCAGAUGCAGUCAAGCCUCAGGACAGUGGCCUUGGCAAUACUUUGGGACCCAGCCCGACUCAGCCCUGUCUGUGACCAUGCUUGGAGAUAUUUGCAUCACCUGGUUGCUGGUGCUUUGGGGCCUGGGCUGCAGUGCGGCUCUGGAUGUCUCCCGUCCACCAACACCUCCUGCACGCUGUCCCCCCUGUGCCCAGCCUCCAGGAGUGGCCUCACACGCCCCUGCUCACCUGCUCCAGGCUCCUCAACACAGGGGCCCGUGCCCAGCCCUAGACCAACACAGGGUCUUGGCCAGGCCAGAGCUCAGCCCCGGAGGCUCAGCAUUUCCUCUCCCUCUGCCCCGAAGGCUCAGCAUUUCCUCUCCCUCUGCCCCGAAGGCUCAGCAUCUCCCCUUCCUUUGGCUGACCUCUUACUCCUCCAUCCCUACACACCCUUCCCAGAUCUAUUUCUGUGAUCGGGCUGGCCCUGUGUUACAGGGCAGGGAAUGAGGAAGGCAGGGAAAUAUGCCUGCGAAGGAAUAGGUGAAUGUGGUGGGCCACCUGUUUCAUUUAUUAAAAUGAUUCAUGCUCUCCCUCA